AUCCUUUACUCUUAUACUACACGAAAUAAAGUAAGAUGUCAUUUAAAUCCAAGUCAUCGCAAACGCAGGCCAGAUCCACUGUGAACAAGCUUUUUGCAAACAUCUUGCCGGGCUCAACAGUGACAGACUCGCCAGCAGUCAAUUCCAGGCUCUCGUCCACUGAAAUAAUCAAUAACCAGAUGAAUUCCAAGCAUAAGUUAUCCACUGAAGAGAUCAAGAAAAUCAACAAAGCCAACAAAAUCAAGAAGAACAAAGCUAUAAACAAAAAAGUGGAAGCCAAUAAGAAGUUCAAUAAGUUGGUCAAAUAUAAUAUAAUAAAGAAUCACAAGCUUGAUAAUUCUAAUGAAUUACCAGAAGAGGAGCGUAAAUAUUUACAAAAACUAGUUAAAAAGAAUUCUUCCACCUUAAGAAGACUAACUGAUAUAGACGAUCCUGAUGUGAAAGAUGAAAUUGAUCAAUUAAAAGCCGAAAUAUUAGAAUUAACCAACGAGAAAUAUAAUAAAGCCAAAGCUUCAAAGAAUAAUAAACUUGAUAAGAAAUCUCAAGACUUUAACGAAAAAAUUAAAAAGGGACUUAUCUCUACCCCUGGAUUAACCCCUGGGUUAGCACCAGUUGGUUUGGACGAUGAUUCUGAUGAGGAGGAGUAGAUUCUCUUGUACCAACAAAAAAGGUUUAUGAAAAUACUUCCUCUGCAUUAAAAUCCCCUAUCUGUAUAUUAGUAUAAGUCCGUGGUUAUAUUCCGUGGCUAUCUUCUGGCUAUUCUCAUAGUAUAUUAUCAACCUCAAAUAGUUGUUUCCCCAGUCCGAGGUUUAAAACGGUCCUAAAGCGC